AUGGCGACAAUGCUAGGACUGGUCAUGUUCGCGAUCGUGACUGCCGCCGAUGGAACUGGAACCACGUCCGCCGGCUCCUGCUACAACAUGACGACGCACGCAGUUUCCUGCAACACGGCGGAGGUCGACUGCUCGUCUCCGCACAUGUGGUACGGUCCCGGCUACGUCUCCCCGCGUAGUGGCUGCUGCCAUUGCGAGGCAUCCUGUGCGAACACAUCGGGGAACUGCACAUACUACGAUGCGGUGGAGGACCCUCAGGAGAACUGGGGUUGCUAUGAGCAUGCUGCCCGCCAGUGCGACUGUCUUGUGUCGGAAGCAGGGUGCACGGCCAAAGGCACAGGCCACACAUGGACAUCUGGAUGCACUUCCUGUGCCUCACAAGGCUCGUGCUACGACAUGACAUCUCACGGGAUCAGCUGCGAUGUUCCCGAGACGUCGUGCUCGUCACCGAACAUGUGGUAUGCGCCCGGUUACGUCUCCCCGCGAAGUGGAUGCUGCCACUGCAGGGCGUCCUGCAAAGAGCCGGCGGCCAAUUGCACAUACAGCGAUGCGGUGGAGGACCCUCAAGAGAACUGGGGUUGCUAUGAGCAUGCUGCCCGCCAGUGCGAUUGUCUUGUGUCGGAAGCAGGGUGCGCAGCCAAAGGCACAGGCCACACAUGGACAUCUGGAUGCACUUCCUGUGCCUCACAAGGCUCUUGCUACGACAUGACAUCUCACGAGAUCAGCUGCGAUGUGCCCGAGACGUCGUGCUCGUCACCGAACGUGUGGUAUGCGCCCGGUUACGUCUCCCCGCGAAGUGGAUGCUGCCACUGCAGGGCGUCCUGCAAAGAGCCGGCGGACAAUUGCACAUACAGUGACGCCGAAGCACAGACCCAGAGAAACUGGGGAUGCUAUGAUUCGUCCACAAAUGCUUGUGACUGCGACACGACUGAGGCGGAGUGUUCCGGGUCCUGGACGCAGUCUUGCCGCAGCUGUAAUGGAGAGGUGUCCACUUCUUCUGCAGGUCGUCCCAGGGGUUUCGUCAUUGCCUUGCUUGUGCUCCUCUACAGCUUCUUCGCAGCAGAAGCCAACACCGGCACGGGCACAGGAUGCUACAACGUGGAGACUCACAAAUGCGACUGCGCAGUCUCCGAAUCUACUUGCCAUGCUCGGGGAGGCACCUGGACUGACACGUGCCGAUCUUGUGAUUCCACGACCAACGAACAACAUCCCGAUUGCCAGAGGCAAUACUCUUGGGGUUGCUUUGACGAGGCCAGUCAUGCUUGUCAGUGCACCGUGUCCGAGCGAGCCUGCGACGCGGCGGCGGGCAAGACCUGGACCCAUGAGUGCUGGUCCUGCUGCCACGGCUCUGCUUGGGGCUGCUUCGUACCGGGGAAUGGCCCCGAGUCCGGCUGCCACUGCAACCUCCACGAGACAUCAUGCAGCCUGGAUUUCCCAGACGCAACUUGGUCCCACCAAUGCUUCGACUGCGACGUGGAUGCACAGACAUCUGCUGCAGGACGGCCAACGGGUUUCGUCGUUGCCCUGCUGGUGCUCCUCUCUGGGUUCUUGCUGGCAGAUGCCAACACCGGCACGGGCACAGGAUGCUACGACGUGGAGACUCACCGAUGCGACUGCACGGUCACCGAAACAGAGUGCCUGGCUCGGCAAGGUCAUUGGACUGACACGUGCCGAUCUUGUGAUUCCACGACCAACGAACAACAUCCCGAUUGCCAGAGGCAAUACUCUUGGGGUUGCUUUGACGAGGCCAGUCAUGCUUGUCAGUGCACCGUGUCCGAGCGAGCCUGCGACGCGGCGGCGGGCAAGACCUGGACCCAUGAGUGCUGGUCCUGCUGCCACGGCUCUGCUUGGGGCUGCUUCGUACCGGGGAAUGGCCCCGAGUCCGGCUGCCACUGCAACCUCUACGAGGGUGCGUGCGCCCUUGACUUUCCUGACGCAACUUGGUCCCACCAGUGCUUCGAGUGCGAAGAGGAUUCCGUGCAGAAGGAUGCGGAGGCGGCUAUGGACGAUGGGGGAGUCGGGGUUGCCAUUGCCGUGUCCGUUUCCGUCACAGUCGUUGUGAUUGCUGCAUGCAUUGGCAUCUACUGCCUCUGGGCCAAGAUGAGGCAGCCAAAGCCGGUGAACGAGCCGUACAACAGCCCGCAGUUCAAUCAGUCAGAUGUGGUGGUGGGCCUCGCCGUGCCGGGUUCGGCUCCAUCCCCCGGCCCUGCCACUCCCAAAGAGCUUGCUUGA